AAAAAAAACAAAAAAAACAAAAAAACAAAUGCAUUCACAUAUUUUUGUACCGAACUUAGUCUUCAAUUUCGGCUUUGCAUGCAAGAUCAAGUAGUCUCAAUAUUGGCAGCUUGAAACAAAGGCCAUGAUAAGUGGUGGACCACCGACCACUUAUCUUGGUCAAGAUAUUUGGAAAUUGCUCUUUCAGCACCACUUUUAUCAUCUAGAGAGCCACACAACUUUUCAACCAAAGUACUUUAGAAUUUUAUUCAGACAUAAAUGCCAAACUGUCAGCUAGUUGCAGUUCAGUUCUUGCUUCAAGUUAACUGUGACAUCAUCAUCACAACUGUUCGUGUCAAUGGGCACAGUCUACUUUGCUAUAUUCUGUUACAUUUUUUCUUUCGCAUUUUUCUACGUUAUAGAUAUCUCUGUAGCAUAUGAUCAGCUAAGACAAUACCAGUCAAUCAAUGAAACCAUGACCUUAGUAUCUCCCGGAAGAAAGUUCCGUCUUGGUUUCUUCAGUCCAACGACUCCAACCAAUUCCAGUAACCGAUACUUGGGAAUAUGGUAUGACAGCAUCCCAACUCAAACUGUAGUCAGGGUUGUAAACCGCGAUAACCAGCUUAAUGAUUCAUCAGGGAUUCUAAAGAUUGGUGAUGAUGGAAAUCUGAUUCUUCUAGACCAGACAGAAAGAGUUGCCUGGUCUACUAAUAUUCUCGAGGAUUCAUCAUCAAAAUCAACUACGGUUGCACAGCUCUUAGAUUCUGGAAAUCUUGUUUUGAGACAUCAUGAAAGCAGAGACGGUUAUAUUUGGCAAAGCUUUGACCAUCCUUCUGAUACCCUGCUAGCAGAAACAAAGAGAGGAUGGGAGUCAGGAAAUGGUUUGGACCGGUUUUUGACAUCCUGGAAGAGUGCAGAUAACCCUGCUCCUGGAGAACUUUCUUAUGGCAUCGAUCCUCAUGGGGUUCCACAGUUAGUCAUCCGUAAGGGCUCUAUGAAGAAGUUCCGAAGUGGACCAUGGGAUGGUGAGCAAUUCAUGGGAAUCCCUCUUAUACCGAACCUCCUCUUCAUUCCCAAGGUCAUCAUCAACAAUUCAGAAGGGAUGAACCAUGAAUAUGGUCCCAACUAUGAAUAUCUUCCUAUAAGGUCAGUCUUAAGUUUUUCAGGUUUAGUCCAACGUUUUGUAUGGGAAAAUAGCAGCCUCGAGUGGAUUGUCAUACAUACCAUGCCUAACGAUCCAUGUGAUAAUUAUGGCCAUUGUGGUUCUAAUACUAUCUGCACAAGCAGUGAUACUAGGAUUUGCCGCUGUUUGGCUGGAUAUGUACCCCGAGUAGCGCAAGAUUGGGGAAUGGUUAUCUGGUCCGGUGGGUGUAUUAGCAAACACCCGUUGAAUUGUUCCAAAGGAGAAGGAUUUAUAGAGAUGACGGGUAUAAAAAUACCUGAUUUAUUGCAGUUCCAGAUCAACGCUAGUAUGAGCCUUAAGGAUUGUGAAAUGGAGUGCCUGAAGAAUUGUUCUUGUACAGCUUAUGCUAAUUCAGACAUCACUGGAGGGGGAAGUGGUUGCUUGAUGUGUGAAUUGGAUCAUAGAAUUGAUGCCAAAUUCCAAGACGAUCAAGCCACAGGUGUUGGUGACGAUUGUUGCAUCAGUAGCUUUAGUAAUGCUUCUUGUUGCUUCUUGCAAAAUAUAGAAGAGGAAAGUACAGAGACGAGGUAAAGUUUAAACCUGCAAAAGAUCUAGCUUUUUUAUUAAUUCAAUUGUCAAAUAAUAAUAAUAAUAAUAAUAAAACAAUUCAAUUAUACUUGAGUUAAAUUUAUAUUUCAUUUUAGGGUGAAAUAACCUGAUCUCCUUUGAAGUUUGUCCAAAUAUCUCAAAGCUGAAACCAUUGUCAAAAUAGCCCUAACACCCUUUGAGGUUUUCCAAAUUUCUUUGACUACCCCUAAUGUUAGUUAGAGUUAAUUAUGUCAAUGGAAUAUUUUAUAAAUGUCCAAAGUACCACUAAGUGAGAAAAAAUAACUCACAUAACCUUGUUAGUAUACCAAAUAAUCAUUUCAGCAUAUAAUUAAACAUAUAAUUCAACAUAUUUGCUGUCAAAGCAAAAUAUUCAACAAAUAAUUCAUAUAAUUCAAGAAAAUAAACAUUGGCUAAUAAUAAUUCAUCAUUUGAUUCAUUAACAAACCACUUGUUAAAAAAAAAAAAAAAAAAUUAAACUAAAUCGUCUUCAACUGCCCAUAAAAAAUUAUUUUCAACUCUGCAUAAGCAAUCCAAAAGGAUAGAUAUAAGAAAGGGUAUUUUUGUCCAAUUAACUUUGGUUGAAAUGGUCAUUUGGUAUUCUAACAAGGGUCAUUUGAAUCUUUUUCUCUCACCUAAGGGUAGUUUGGACAUUUUGAAAAUAUUCCAUUGAUUAAUGUUAGAGGUGGUCAAAGAAAUUUGGACAAACCUCAAGGGGUGUCAAUAAUUAUUUUUGACAAAUCUCAAGAGAGGUCAGGGACUAUUUUGACAGCAGUUUUGGCGGAGAGAUAUUUGGACAAACCUCAGGGAAGGUCGGGGCCCAAGGGGUUAUUUUGACAAUAGUUUCAGCUCAAAGAUAUUUGAACAAAUAUCAGGGGAGGUCAAGGUAUUUCUUAUUAUCCUAAUGGAGUCAUUUUGCUUUCUAUGACCCAUUUCUUUUUUUCUUUUCUUUUAUAAGCAGAAUUUCAAACGAAGUAGUUUAGAAUUUUAUUCAGAAAUAAAUUCCAAACAGCCAGCAAGUCGCAGUGUAUUUCUUGUUUGUAAUUUGUCCGCUUUGACUAGUGGUUGCAAAAAAUCUCAAAAACAAGUUCGGAAUUGCUUCUUUUUGUAGAAUUGCAGAAAAACUGUAAUGCGUUUUAUGAAAACCUCAUGGGCCAUAACAUUCAAAUUAUAAUUUUAUGGACGACAGUGGAGUACUUUUAUGUUGGUGAUUAAAAUUGUAUUGACCAUGUUCUUUAGAACAAAACUUCACCCAACUGGCCAAGAGUUUAUGUUUGGGAAUGUUAUCUUAUGAUCCAAAAUAAUGUUCGUUCUAUAUUCCUGAACCUGUUAUU